AUGACUGCUUUUACCGCACUCAACAGCCCUAAAGGCCGCGCCCGCGAUAAUGAGCGUAAAUCUCACCUUGCCGCCGCACCCAACAUCAAGCCAGUGUCAAUUUCACCUUCCGUCUCGCUCAAGUCUUCUCCCACCAAGUCGCAACACAGCCCUACCGCGCCUGAAAGUCCGCCGUCCAAUGCAAUUGGCAGACUCGCCGACUUGCUCUCCCGCUCACCUCGCCCUCACUCCUCUGCGCCCGCGCCGCCAAGCGCUAUAUCCACUCAGACUGCCGCAGUCACUGAGCCGCUUGCUGAGUCCGUGCCUGACGACGGUGAUGUCGAGAUGUCGAACUCCAGUUCAGCUUCACCAACUGGUGUCCGUCACCCGUCUGAGGCCCCUUCAGAAACCGUUCCGCCCGCUUCGCGCAUAUUACAAGAUACUGAGACGACGGCUGAAGAUGAGCUGAUUGCCUCUCAAAUGCUCGACGAUGAUGAGCGCGCUGAGCUGGAUGAAACCGGCUCAGUUGCUCAGACAUCUGAGAGCAUCCCUCAGUCCAUCGCUGAGUCUGAGAAUGAGGGUGCUGUCGAGCAUGAGUACGCUGACUCUCUGCUUGAUGCCUAUGAUGAGGUCUGGCCUGAUGCCGGCAAAGCCAAACCCAUCUCCCCCACUAAACAUGUGGUCCCCGGCGGGCUUGGGCGCAUUAGUAUCCCUCUCUACUAG